UUGAUCCAUUUCUCCAACUUGAGUUUUUUCCUUUUGAGUUAAUAAGUUGUGAACAUGCUUGUAGUGGCUUAUGCCAAGUGAGGAAGGCUACUUGGAGGCUAAAGGUCUAGAGAAGACAUGGAGGAUCAAACAAGAAUCAAUUGUUCGUGAAGUUGAUCUAUUGAGCUCAAGGAAGGCAUUUGAUAUGGUUUUACCAAAGCUAGGCCCAUACACACUGGACUAUACCUCAAGUGGUCGUUACAUGGCAGUUGUUGGAUGCAAGGGCCACCUGGCAAUCAUAGAUAUGAAAAACAUGGGCCUAAUUAAAGAGUUUCAAGUUAGGGAAACAGUUCGCGAUAUUGUUUUCUUACACAAUGAGCUAUUCUUUGCUGCCGUGCAGAAAAAGUAAGGUCCUUCUCUGUUAAUAGUGGAAGAGGUUCUUAGACCAUAAAGAUCAUUGUUUGCUUGCAAAUUAAUAGUUCUAUGACAAUAAGAAAAAAUGUUAAUGUCAAAAGAUUGUCAAUGGGUGCGAUCCACAUGAGCAGACAUAAGUCCCA